AUGUUCGUCGACUCUUAUCUGAAAUGGGCUGCUAUCGGUUUGGCCACUGCCCAGCUCAGUGCUGCCCAGACUUAUUCAUCUUGCAACCCGACGAAGAAAACCUGCCCUGCCGACACCGGUCUGAACAAAUGGCAAUUCGAUACCGACUUCACUUCGGGCUCGUCUUCCUUCAGCAAGUGGAAUGUCACCGCGGGCACCGUUGAGAGCACUUCGCUCGGCGCGAAGUUCACCAUCUCCGAGCAGGGAGAUGCCCCCACCAUCGAGAGUGAAUUCUAUAUUUUCUUCGGUCGCGUUGAUGUCAAUUUCAGAGCCGCCAAUGGUACUGGUAUCAUUAGCACUAUGGUUAUGGAGUCUGAUGAUCUUGAUGAGAUUGACUGGGAGCAAAUCAGCACCUACGAUACUUCCAUUCAGACCGACUAUUUCGGCAAGGGCAACACUACAUCCUACGAUCGCGGCACCACUGUCACAGUUUCCACCCCUGAAGAGACUUUCCACACCUACAGUGUUGACUGGACCUCCAGCCGUAUCGAGUGGCUACUAGACGGCGAUGUCGUCCGUACCUUGGAAUACGCCGAUGCUACUCCCAUGCGCAUCAAGAUCGGUAUCUGGGCUGGUGGUGACCCUGACAACAGUGAGGGUACCAUUGAGUGGGCUGGUGGUGAGACUGACUACACCGACGGUCCCUUCACCAUGUACGUGGAUUCCGUCAACAUCACCAACUACAACCCCGCCCAGGCCUACAAGUACACCGACAAGACCGGCGCCUAUACUAGCAUUAAAGCUUCCAAUGGUACCUCUUCAACCAACCUGUCCGGCACGACAUCGAGGUCCGUCUCCUCUAGCAUCGCAUCAUCCAGCUCUGCUUCCAAGGCCUCUAGCUCUUCUGCUGCUAGCGCAUCUGCUUCGUCGAAGAUGACCUCCGCCGCCUCCAUCUCGAUGUAUUCGUCCAUCUUUGUCACUGCCAUGGUCGCCUUUGCUGUUGGUGCUCUCCAAAUUUAG